AUGGUAAAUUAUUUAGUUACAAAUGAAUUUCCUCCUGAAUUGUCGAGGGCUCAACAGGACAAAGUCAAAAGUGAUGCUCAGUACUAUGUAUGGGAUGACCCAUACUUAUGGAAGCAUUGUGCAUAUCAAGUGAUAAGAAGGUGCAUCCCUGAAAACGAAAUUAUGUCCAUUCUCAUUUUUUGUCAUUCCUAUGCAUGUGGGGGGUUCCUUUGGAUCAAAAAGGACGGAAAGGAAGGGAAUAUAUUCCAAAGGAAUAUAAUGCCACAAACACCCAUACUCGUUUGUGAAAUUUUUUAUGUUUGGGGCAUCGAUUUCAUGGGACCAUUUCCUACAUCUUUUGGUUAUGCUUAUAUUUUACUUGCUGUUGACUAUGUUUCGAAAUGGGUGAAAGCAAAGGCCACCAGAACUAAUGAUUCCAAAGUAGUUUCAAAUUUUAUUAAGUCCAACAUAUUCUCCAGGUUUGGAAUCCCAAGGGCUCUCAUAAGUGAUCAAGGCACUCAUUUCUGUAAUCGAACUGUGGGAGCCUUGCUGCGAAAAUACCAUGUAACCCACAAGGUGUCCACUACCUAUCAUCCACAAACUAGUGGACAAGCAGAGCUGUCAAAUCGGGAAAUCAAAUCCAUCAUUAAGAUGACAGACUGCAUACAAGACACAUAUUGGAAUGUCACCUUACAGAUGGAUGAGAAUGGAGAGCACGGAAAGUUGCAACUUCAAGAAUUAGAAGAAAUUCGCAAUGAUGCCCAUUAG